AUGGCGCCAUUCUGGUUACUGGCCGGCGUCCUGCUACUUGUGGCUUCCGCCGGCGACAGCGUCGUCGCCGGCCGGCCUGCCGGCUGCCCGAGUAGAUGCGGCGACGUUCGUAUCCCCUAUCCGUUCGGCAUCGGCGCCGGCUGCUUCCGCAGUGAAGGCUUCGAGAUCAUCUGUAAUACCAGCAAGAAGGGCAAAAGCGGCGUCGUCGUGCCGACCAUUGCUGCCACCAGGCAAGCCAUCCAGGUGCAGAAGCUGUCGGUGUACCCGCGGCCGGAGGUGAAGGUGAUGCUGCCGGUGGCGUUUCAGUGCUACAACUCCAGCGGCGGCGUCACCCGCAAUUUCGACGGCGAGGUUGAGUUCAACAGGAUGGGCGUGUACCGCAUCUCCGACGAGCGCAACAUGCUGGUCGUCCUCGGCUGCAACACCGUUGCCUGGACACAGCACGGGAACAGUGAGGGCAUAGGCCUCUACAUCAACCUCUACUACGCCGGCUGCGUCACCUACUGCAGCGAUUCUCACAGCGCCAAGGACGGCAAGUGCGCCGGCAUCGGCUGCUGUCACGUCGACAUCCCGCCGGAGCUUACCGACAACAACGUCACUUUCGAGAUAUGGCCGCGCGGCGAGCAGGUGGAGUUCAGCCCCUGCGACUACGCCUUCCUCGUUGCCAAGAACGAGUACCGAUUCCAGAGAGCCGACCUCAAGAUGAAGCUGAAACAGACCAUGCCGGUGUGGCUCGACUGGGCCAUCCGCGACGCCAACGCCUCGUCCUGCCCGCCGCCGGAGGCGCAGAAGACGACCGCCGGAUACGCUUGUGUGAGCGCCAAUAGUGAGUGCGUCAACUCCACCAACGGCCCCGGAUACUACUGCAGGUGCAGCAAUGGCUACCACGGUAAUCCCUACCACAGCGAUGGAUGCCAGGAUAUAAACGAGUGCGAUCCGUCCAACAAGGACAAGUAUCCCUGCUAUGGCGUUUGCAAGAACAUCAUAGGAGAUUACGAAUGCAGAUGUCCUACAGGUUAUCAGCCCAGUGGACGUGGUCCAAAGAACGACGAGUGCAGCCCCAAGUUCCCCGUUGCAGCACGACUUGCCCUUGGCAUCACUUUGGGAUUUUCCUUCCUGAUUGUUGUUGUUUUUUUCACACUAAUGAUGCUUCAAAAGAAAAGGAUGAAUGGCUAUUUCAAAAGAAAUGGUGGUUCAGUGUUACAGAAAGUAGAAAACAUUGUGAUUUUCUCCAAAGAUGAGAUAAAAAGAAUCCUAAAGAACAAUUCUGAAGUUCUUGGUCAAGGAGGAUAUGGCAAGGUUUACAAAGGCAGACUCAAAGACAAUACCCCUGUGGCUGUGAAGACUUCAAUUGAGCUAAAUGAAGAUCGAAGGGAAGAUUUCAUAAACGAAGUCACCAUACAAUCGCAAAUGAUACACAAUAACAUUAUCAAGCUAUUGGGUUGCUGCUUGGAGGUGGAUGCUCCAAUGUUAGUGUAUGAGUUUGCUGCUAAUGGUAGUUUAAAAGACAUUCUCCAUGGUGAUGCCAAUCGCCUAGUCCCUCUCACACUAGAUCUACGCUUAGACAUUGCAAUUGGAUCCGCAGAAGGCCUAAGAUACAUGCACUCAUCCUUAAGUAAUACAAUACGACAUGGCGAUGUCAAGCCAGCCAACAUACUUCUAACGGACAAGUUCAUCGCCAAGAUCUCAGACUUUGGGACAUCCAAGCUCCUUAAUGUAGACAGAGAAUUUACCAUGGUUGUUGUAGGAAGCAUGGGCUACAUAGAUCCAGUGUUCUAUUUGACUGGUCACUUAACACAAAAAAGUGAUGUGUAUAGUUUUGGAGUUGUUCUGCUAGAGCUAAUUAGCAGAAGGCCAACAAUAUACGGUAAGAAUUGCAGCCUCAUCGUUGAUUUCCAAGAGACAUAUGACCAAAUGAACAGUGGGAGGUCGUUGUUUGAUAAGGACAUUGCAACAAUGGAAGAAGAUGUCUUGAUCUUGGAAGAGAUAGGUAUGUUGGCAAUGGAGUGUAUGAAAGAAAAGAUCGAAGAACGGCCUGAUAUGAAGGAGGUAGUGGAGCGUCUUGUGAUACUACGAAGAUCUUGGAAGCUAAGACAGGAAACCAACCAUGUAAGCCCUCUACCAUACUUGGAGAAAAAUAGUAUCGAGGAAUUUCAUGAGAGCUUUGGUGAUGAUAGCACAACUAGUAAUGCAGCUAGCCCUUAUGAUGCCUUCCAAUCUAGCAGCAAAGAACUCUCAUAACCUAUAAAUCGACAACUGAAAGAGAAAGAGAAGAGAUUUAAUAUUAUAUAUAUGACCCAUCUUUAUAGAUGAAUGCAGUUACAUUUGAAAUAGGGAAGCAAUAUGUUUGUAGAACAAGAUUAUGUAAUCCCAAUGUUAUAGUGUUAACUCACUUCGUGUAAUUUAUUAAUUUUGUAUGAGAUUGUUUAUUGUACUCCAACUUUCCUUGGAACCAUUGGUCUAGGUUAGAUUUAAAGGUUGAUCUAUGUAUUACCCCAUGAGAGGUAAAACCUUGUUAUAAGGAAAUAAAAAGAUGUAUUUU